ACUUAUAAAAUUAAAAAUAAGUCAGUCAAAUAAAAUUAAACUAAUAUUUUUGUUUAAAAUAAGGAUAUUACCGGGUUAACUAUAAAAUGGAAGGAAUAGUCUUUUCUUUAAAUUUAGAAAAAAUAUGUAGAGCGUGUUUAAUCGAGUCCGAUUCAAUGUUUUCAGUCCAUAGCGCUUUAUUAGAACAAAAUUGUGAAAAUAUACCAACAAUUGGAGAAAUCCUUACAAAUAUCUCAAAUAUAAACGUUGAAGAUGAAAAAUUACCAAGUAUGAUAUGUACCAAGUGUAUCAACAGUGCUCACAACGCCUAUAAAUUUCAACAACAAUGUAACAAAUCUCAAAUAUUGUUAGAAACAUAUUUACAACAAAUUAAAAAUAUGGAAAUAAAAGAUAAAUUUGAAACUGAUAAUACACUAGAUUUAAAUGAAAUAGCAGCUAUCGAAAACACUCUCGAGAAAGAAUGUGAAAAUGUUACAGAUAAUGGAAAUUUGGUUUCGGAUGGAUUAAUAAAGGAGUUCAUACAAGAUGAAUAUUUGCCGAAUGACGAUUUAAAAGAUGGAGAAGAAAGCGAAGACUGUGAUGAUUUGAAAAGCUGUAUACCGUUAGGAGAAGAUACUGUUGACCAAUUGAUAAAGGAUAACUUUAGAGUUGAGAAUUUAGAACUGAUAUCUCCAAAAUUAAAUUUUUGCGGAUUAAAUUUAGAUGAAAAACAUUCCAAAUCGAUUAAAAAUGAAAAAGUUAGUAAAGAGGUACCUAGUAUGAAUUAUUAUAAAAGUUUUGGAGAAGAUGGUGAGGAGGUAUAUACCUGUAAUGUUUGUGUCAAGCCCUUUAAGUCUCCAAACAGUUUAAGAGUGCAUUUAAAGUCCCACGAUGAGGAAAAACCAUAUGUAUGUACGCAAUGUAAAAGAGGUUUUAAAGUAUAUUGUGCCUUAAAACACCAUAUUCGUAGUCAUUCAGAGGAGCAGCCAUUUGAAUGCAAGGAAUGUGGGAAAAAAUACAAACACUCUGGGACUCUUAUUGCACAUAUGAGAAUUCACACAGGUUCCAAACCAUUUUUGUGUACCAUCUGCGGUAGAGGGUUUAGACAGGCUCCAGAUCUUACUUACCAUAUGAGGACACAUACGAAGGAGAAACCAUACAUGUGCAACGUUUGUGGAAAAACAAUGUCAAUGCAAUGUCAUCUUGUCCAACAUAUGCGAUCACAUACUGGAGAAAAGCCUUUCAAAUGUUCGGAGUGCAGCAAGGCUUUCCCCUCAUCAACAAGACUGAAACGCCAUGCAAUCGUCCACACAUCUCUAAAACCAUACAAAUGUACGGUAUGUAACAAAUCGUUUAACAGAAGUAACAGCCUAAAAGUUCAUUCAAAAACUCAUUCUGGGGUUAAAGCCUAUACUUGUUCAAUUUGCAAUAAGAGCUUCACAUGGAACCAUUCAUUUAAAGCUCAUCAGCUAACUCAUGAAAAGACUGACAUAACGAAAGACGAUAACAACACUAACAGAACUUUGUCUCAGAUUAACGAUAAUCCAUUAUCGUCCAUUAAUGAGAAUUCUGCAUUGCACACGAAUGAAUCUUUAUUGAAUAGAAAUGACAACUCUUUAGUUGACUUUACGGCCGGUAGUACUUAUCCGAAUGACAACGUACCACUAAAUGAGUCUUUUGUCAUAUUUACCAACAGCACUGAAGAAGUUGGUAACGACGCAUUCCAAAUAUGUACUUAUGCUGCUGGUGAGAGCGAUCUAUUGGACACAUUUACCCUUUAUUCGUCAGAUACAGAUCAAAAAAUAACUUCUGGAAAUUCGUAAUUUUCUGAUUAGCUAAUUAAUCUAUUUGCUUUACUUAUUCAUUAAAGUAACAAUCGCUCUGAAGGAUAGAAGAAGAAAGGCAGAGUUGAUAUCAUUAAUAAAGUACACACAUGAAUAAAGACGCGUAGUACAUUUUUUCAUAAUUUGUCCAGGAGAGUUUAAGAAAUAAAAAAACCCAUAUAUGGAGUAUAUCUGAAGCAAAAGUAUGCGUCAAUGGGCAUUGGAGUCACUGAGAAGGUCCUGCGAUUUUUCUUAGGUAGACCGUCCGUCGGUCAGUAUAAGUCCCGGGCCUAACUGGUAAAACAACAGUUUUUUUGUUCCUUAUUCGUCAAAAUAAUUUCCUUUAGCGAUGAUACAAUCAUUCCAACGCUUUUCUAAUUUUUCUGUGCCACCCUUGUAAAACGAUUUAUCUUUGCCUUCUAAAAAGGCUUUAGUUUUGGCGAUUACUUCCUCACCGAUAUAUCUUGCUACUGAGCAUCUUUUUAAUAUCGAAAAAAGGUGGUAAUCGCUGUGGGCUAGUACUGGUCUACGCGAUGGUCAUGGAAGUAAUUCAAAGCCCAAUUCGAGCAUUUUUGCCAUCGUUUUCAUCGACUUCUGACACGGUGCAUUGUCUUGGUGAAACAACAAUUAUUUCUUCAACAAAUGCGGUCUUUUGUUUGCGAUUUUUGGUCUUCAAACGCUCUAGUACACCAAUAUAGUAUAGUUGCUGUUGAUUAUUUCUCCAUGUUUCAAAAAGUCAAUGAAAAUAAUUCCUUGUGAGUUAAAAAAUACAUAGGCCAUAACCUUGCUUGCGGUUUGUUGCGUCUUUGAUUGCUUUGGAAGGCUUUUUGCGGGUGCUAUCUACUCAAAUGACGGCCGAUUUAAUUCCAGAGUGAAGUGAUGGAUCCAUGUUUCAUUCAUUGUGAUCUUCUUCUUCUUUAGGUGCCGUGUCUGUAUUCAGACGUUGGCCGUCAUCAUGUUUACAAUUUCUUGAAAUCUCUCUCUAUCGGCUGCUGCGCGAAAUAAUUCUUCUACUGUGCAGCCACACCAUUGUCUAAUAUUACGCAGCCAUGAAAGUUUCUUUCGACCAAUCCAUCUCUUUCCCUCCACUUCUCCUUGUAUUAUAAGGCGAAGCAGAUGGUAUUUAGGUCCUCUAAUUAUAUGGCCGAAGUAUUCUGUUUUUCCCCUCUUUAUAAUGCUUAUGAGCAGACGUUCCGAAUUCAGCAUUUGAAGGACAUCUUCAUUGGAAGUGUGCGAAACCCACGAUAUCUUUAGGAUUCGUCGAUAGCACCACAAUUCGAAUGCUUCUAUUUUGUUUAGCAUUGUGGUUUUUAACGUCCAUGUCUCACAACCAUACAAUAGGAUAGACCACACAUAACAUUUCAGCACCUUCUUUCGAAUAUUCAUAGACAGGUUUCUGUUACAUAAAACUGGUUUCCAGGUCAUAAAAGUCUUCCGUGAUAUUUCGAUCCUAGUUAUUAUCUCUUCAUCAGAGUCACAAUUUACAUUUAACCAGCUGCCAAGGUACUUGAAAUGAUUUACCCGUUCUAACUCCUCUCCAUCAAUAGAAAGCUGACCUUGAUCUAUAUUAAUCUUUUAUAUUAUUUAUCUAUAUUAAUUGUGAUCUACUGACGCAAAAACUUCGACUUAUUCCGAUUAAUGUCGAGAUUCAUCAAUUCGUUGUUGUUUUUGCUCUGGUAUGAGAAAACGCGGCACCCAUUUGCAAACCAGCUUUCUUGUACCUAAAUGUUUAUGUAUGAGAGGUCGAAAUGCUGUCCUUUGAUAACUUUAGAGUGUCAUCUAUCUCUUGUAACUUCACUUUGCGGAUUUUCAGAAUCAUUUUUAGCAUUUUUUAGGGAAUAACUGCAUCAUUUGACCUUCCGGGUUAUAAAUAUCACAUUAUUCUAAUCUUUAAUUAUUAUAAUCCAUUGUUAAUAUACCCUAUUCCACGAACACACGCCUGUUUUAGAUUACUUCGACAACGAAUAUUUUACUGUGCAAAAUAAGAAGAACGAAAGUAAAUUGCAAAUUACAUUGUUGUUUAUUGGAAUAAUUAUUAGCGCCAUUUACUUUCGUACUUCUUAUGUUGCACACUAAAAUAUUCGUUGUUGAAGUAAUCCAAAACAGGCGUAUGUUCGUGGAAUGGCCCAUAAAUAUCACAAAAAUAGCGUUUUGACAGUAUUCUUUUGAAGGCUUGGACUAUCGAAACGUUAAAUGGAAAAUGAUUGGAGUCGCCAUCUUAUGGUUAGGCCCGGGACUUGUUGACCGACGUAGUAUAUGCGGUUUUAUGUUUCCUAUCAGAAAAUACCUGACGAAUUAUAAUUCUUAAAGAUUAACACUAUCGUUAGUGUUAACGUAAAUAAGAUGAGACUUAUUGUUGAAUGACCAUGUACAGUAUUAUCUGUAUUUUGGUUGACCUAUCAUUUCUCAUUGUGACUAGCAAAUUUGUUUUAUUCUGAGAGUUUGUUAUGUGUGAAAUAGUAAAUGAUGUAAUCAUGGAAGCUAUAGGUAUUGUACUAUGUAUAUUAAUUCCUGGACAAAAUUAUCUCACCACUUGAUCUUUAAAGUUGUAUCUUAUGCAUUUUAAAACGGUCUAAAAGUAAAGAUCCCAAUAAAGAUAAUUUAAGGCCUUUAUCUUGAAUAUGAAGAAUUUAAAACUGUUCAUUAAAAGAAUGACUAUGAUCUAGAUGGUGAAGUCUGUACAUAGAACCUGUUUUUGUAUUAUUGAAAGCCCUUUUAUGUUCUGCUAUACUUUCGUUAAAGGUUCUGACAGUUUGACCGAUGUAAGUUUUUGGGCAGUCCCUACAUCUAAGUUUAUACAGGGUGAUUCAUUAAGAAUGUCCAAUCUCUGAGUUAUAGAUUCUAGACCUCAAAAUAUUAAGAUUUAACCCAAAUCACUUAUAUAAAAUGUGCCUCGUUACUGAGUUACAGGGUGUUCUAUUUAAAAAUUUAAUAACCAGUUUUACCCAGUACAGUGGAACCUCGAUAUCUCGGAUUAAUCGGGACCGCGGCCGAUCCGGGUUAUUGAAAAUCCGGAAAAAAUUAAUAAAAUACGGUAUACUUAUAAAUAAAGUACGUUAUAAUUAAAAUAACAUGAAAUAUAUAUGCACAGCACACAUCUAACUUACCUAUAGUUGUAUAGAGCAGCGAUACUCAAAGUGUGUUCCGCGGAACCCUAGGGUUCCGCGAUACCACUGUAGGGGUUCCGCGAGAAUUAAAAAAAAAAUUCAAAACACCUCUUUCUGUUCGACUUUUCUGACGCGGUAUAGCACGAUUCACGAGGCGUGGUCGAACCACAGGUCGAACUUAGUUGCCUCCUGUUGUCUCAUACAAUUUUACUAGCCUGUCACCGCUAAUACACGACUUGGUGUGACCAAAGAAUACCCCAACCAAGUUGGUUGGGGUAUUCUUUGGUGACUUAGUCCUUAGUACUGUCAGUAGUCAGUCGACAAUUAGGGUUCGGAGCGAAAAAAGUGUUUAUUUUUCUACUGCUGUAUUCUGAUUGUAUUAGUUUUGUACUUUUGUUGUUUGUGAUUGUACGUUAUUUUGUGGUUUUUAAUAAAGAAGAAUAUGACGUUGGCUUAAAGGCGUUAAACGUGAUGCAAUAACAUCUUCUACCGAAGCCGAAUGUUCGAAAGCAGUACACGCGGAAUAUGCAGCAAUUACCGGUCACGACGAUUAUGCAACGACGUCAGUUCCACGGUUUCAAAGGCGAAAAAUAGGAAGUUUGAUGACACAGUUUCGGAUUUGUUGAUUCCAACGGUUCACCUAACUGCAUUUUAUGUAGUAAACUAUUUUAUAAUAGUUCCAAUGGCACCUGCUAAGUUGCGCCGACAUUUAGAAACUGUACACCCCGAGUCUAAAAACAAGAAUAAAGAAUUUUUUAUACGUAAAAAAGAACAGUUAUUGGAAAGUCAAAAAACUAUAAUGCAUGUAACCAAAACUUUCAAUGAAAAGGCCACAGAGCCAUUAUAUUAUUUAGUUAGCUAUCGCAUUGCACAAGCAGGUGAAGCGCACAAUAUCGCUGAGAAUUUAAUAAAAACCAUGUGUGUUAGACAUAACAAAAUGUAUGAUCGAUGAAAAAUCUGCAAAGCAUCUUUCUACUGUACCACUAUCGAACGUUACUGUUUCACGGCGUAUUCAUGAUCUGGCCAGCUACGUCAAAUAAGAACUACCUAGUUACACGUCUACAAAAAACACGAUUCGCCUUGCAAAUAGAUGAGUCUACUGAUGUUGUUGGUCUGGCUAUCCUGCUGGUAAAACAGCAGGAUUGGUGUCACGAAUAAAAAAUAAAGCUCCUAAUUAUAGCUCCAGCCAUUAUAUCCUGCAUAGACAAGCACUUGCGAUGAAGAAAAUGCCGUCAAAUCUAAAAUCAGUUAUGGAUCAAGCAGUAAAAAGAAUAAAUUUUAUCAAAUCACGACCAUAUUCCCGAUUGUUCUCAUUAUUGUGUGAAGAUUAUGGCAGCAAAUAUAAAACACUGCUGCUCCAUACAGAAGUGCGAUGGCUGUGUGGGGGUAAAACUUUAGCAAGGCUAUUUGAACUUAGAGCCGAGUUACAAAUGUUUCUUUCAAUUACUUAUUUCAAUUUGAAAGACCGUUUGUAUGAUAAAACUUAUAUGUUCCGACUGUCUUUUAUGGCGAAUAUCUUUCAAAAACUGAACGAUUUAAAUUUAUCAUUGCAAGGUAAACAGACAAUAGUGUUCCAGGCCUGUAACAAAAUAACUGCGUUCAAAAGAAAAUUAGAUUUUUUAAUUAUUUGCGUCAGAAAGAGAAAAAUAGAAAGCUUUACAUCAUUCAGUUCGUCAGCGAUACGGACUCAGAAAUGUUCCAAGAUGAUGUAUUUGAAGAAAUAGUCAAAUAUCUCACUUCCAUGCGUGCAUCUUUUGAUGUAUUUUCCCGAAGAACAGAAUACAAAAAUGAAACUGAAUUCAUGGAUUCAUAAACCCAACUUACAAAAGCCCGAAAAUAUGUCAAACGAGAUAUACGAAUCUCUUUUAGAAAUGUCAUCAGACACAUUUAUGGAGUGAUUGUUUAAAACGACGCCUCCCAGAGAUUUUUGGUGCAGAAUCCGUGAUGAAUAUCCAAUGAUUGCCAAAAUGGCUGUGAAUAUUCUUCUCCCGUUCUCAACAACAUAUUUAUGCGAAACAGGAUUCUCCACAUAUGCAGCCACGAAAACAAAAUACACAAAAUGAGACUUCAAAUUAAUGUCAUCUAUCAAACCUGAUAUCAACCAAUUGAUGAAAAAUAAGAAAACAGUUUCAUACCUUCCAUUAGUUAACAAGUAUGUAAGUAAUAAGUAACUGUUACAUUGGAAUUUGAUUAAGCUUAUUAAUAAAAAAUACACUUUUAAAAACUAUUGUAGGGUUCCGUUAAGUAUUUUACUUUCCAAAAGGGUUCCGUCACCAAAAAAGAUUGAGAACCGCUGGUAUAGAGUAUAGUAUAGAGUAUUGUUCAUUUCUAGGUAAAAAAACUCAGUCAGUUUCGAUUGUGUUAAUUUCGUCUGCCAUCGGAAAAAUGUUAUGUUAUUUAAGAACAGUGGCUCUUUCAUUGUUUAAAAGACCAUUGUUUAAAAAAUAAUUUUUUAAAAGACAGUUGGAAAUAAAUAAAGGAAUAACAGGUGCCUGUUAUUUGCGAUAGCCCCAGAUAAUUAACAUCGCUCUGCCGCCGCCGCCGUGUGUCAUGAGUCAUUUUUACUAUCGUAUAGUUCAAAUUACACAAAUAUCCAUUAUCUCUCAAAUAUUAUAUUAUGGUCGAAGCGAAGUGUUAUCAAUCAAACUCGAUAUUUUUAAGACAUUCCAGAAGAGGCUACAGAUAAAAUGUUUUAACAUAAUACAUACAUUUUUAUUAUUGAAAUGUUUGUCUGAUGAAAAUCGGUCCGGGUUAGCCGGACUUCCGAGUUAUCGGGGGCCGACUUAUCGAGGUUCCACUGUACUUUAAAACCAUUUGACAUAUCCUUGUCAUACUUUGCACAAAGUGUAGUUGCCGUACACCCUACUAAAUUAUGAUAAACAAACAUUUCUGGCUACUACCAGAGGCGUACGACAGGGGACAGUGCGUGGUUUACCCUUCCCAAAUUCUGCGCCACUGGCGAAAUUGCUAUUUUAGCGCAAUAUUUCGAUUUUCCAAUACUUUCUAUGUAAAUAAUAUACUCUUCAUUCGUAACGUUAAGGUCAUUAGUUUUCGAGAUAUUUGAAGUUGAAAAUGAAACUUUACAGUUAUUUUGAUUAAUGUAUUGUGCCCCUUCAUUUUUAACUUCAAAUAUUUCGAAAACUAAUGAUUUUAUCAAUACGAAUGAAGAGUAUAUUAUUUGCAUAGAAAGUAUUGAUAAUCUAAAAAUUAUGCUGAGAUGGCAAUUCCAUCAGUGGCGUAGAAUCUGGGAAGGAUUCAACCAUCCAUUUUUCCCCUGUACGCCUCUGGUAAUAGCCAGAAACGUUUAUUUAACAUAAAUUAGUAAGGUGAGCAGUACCUACACUUUUGGCAAGUAUGAUACGGCAAUUUCAAAUACUUUUAAAGUACUGGGUACAAAUAAUUUUUAAAUCAAACAUCCCUAUUACAUAAAUAUUAACUAUUUGUAUCCAGUAUUUUAAAAGUAUUGGACAUAUCCUUAUCAUAUCUAGCAGAUAGUGUAGAUACUGUACAACCUACUAAAAUAUGUUAAAUAAAACUUUCUGGCUAGUACCAGAGGCGUACGACAGGGGAAAGUGAAUGGUUGACCCUUCCCACAUUCUACGCCACUGGUGGAUUUACUAUUUUAUUGCAAUUUUUCGAUUCUCCAAUACUUUCUAUGCAAAUAAUAUACUCUUCAUCCGUAUCGAUAAAAUCAUUAGUUUUCGAGAUAUUUAAAGUUAAAAAUGAAGGAGCACAAUACAUUAAUCAAAAUAGCUAUGCCGUUUCAUUUUCAACUUCAAAUAUCUCGAAAACUAAUGACUUUAACGUUACGAAUGAAGAGUAUAUUAUUUACAUAGAAAGUAUUGAAAAAACGAAAUAUUGUGCUAAAAUAGCAAUUUCGCCAGUGGCGUAGAAUUUGGGAAGGGCCAACCAUUCACUUUCCCCUGUCGUACGCCUCUGGUAUUAGCCAGAAAAGUUUAUUUAUCAUAAUUUAGUAGGAUGUACAGUACCUAUAUUUUCUGACAAGUAUGACAAGGAUAUGUCAAAUAGUUUUAAAGCCCUAGGUAAAAAUAGUUAUUAAAUUUUUAAAUAAAACACCCUGUAACUCAGUAACGAGCCACAUCUUAUUUAAAUGAUUUGGGUUAAAUUUUAAUAUUUUGAGGUCUAGAAUCUACAUCUCAAAGAUUGGACAUUCUUAAUGAAUCACCCUGUAUACACAACUGUGAAUGCUCUUUCUUUUGGCGCUUGUUGUUCUUAAGAUAUUUGCUUCUAAAAGUUGUUUGUUCUAAAAACUAAUUGUGUAUAUGUAAUAGAACGGAAGGUACUAAUUUAAUAUCGGUUCUCUGUUAUUGACCUAAAUUAAUUUAAGGGUUUGUUUCCCUCAUGCUGUAUUUUAUUAAUUCUAUUCCUUUUUAUUUACCAUUCAACAAAAUAGCAGUGGUGGGAUAAUUUCGUCCAGGAGUAAAAUUCUUAUAUAUUUUCGGAUGUUAUGAUUUGUGUUUAAUGUUUUAUAUAUUUUUAUAUUAUUUAUUAUUUUAUAUAUUUUUACAGUAUUUAUUUAUUUAUUUUAUUUGAUAUUAUAUUUUAUAUAUUUUUACCUGUGAUCUUUUGCAAUUAUAACUAUAAAGUAUUAUUUAAAUAGUCAAUCUGUUAUCUAUCUACCAAAUGUGAUAUAUAUGUAUUGAGCUUAAUCUUAGA